UGGGAUUUUGAAGCGGUGAGAGGGAGCGAGAAGGCGGAGGCGGAGGAGGAGGGGGGAGGUGUAAGAAGGAGGCGGGGAGCUGACAGAGAGAAAGACAAGGAGAAGAAGGCUAGGAAGAGGAGUGGAAAGUGAACUGGGGAGAAAGGAGGAAUCCAGCGAGCGGGGAGUGAACUUUUUACGUGUCCACUCAGCCCCAGUGUAAAUAUCCCACCGAGAGAGGAGGAGACGGGAACUUCUACACCCCCCCCCCCCCCCCCCGUCCUGGAUCUAACUUAGUGUUACUGCAUGUCACCGGCUGGCGGGGGCUGUGUACCGAGGGAGACAUCCUGCUCCUGGGAAAACAACAAGUGCUGGAGGAGAUAGUGCGGAACCCCCGCUUCGGAGUUCGUGGAACAGUCCUGGGGAGGCUCACCCCGUGCAACUGAGCGAUCCCACUCCUGUGCUGGAGGGGUGGAGGCGGUCUGACAAGAGUUCUUGUGCUGUCCUGGGUGGGGGCACCUUGGAGCUGAAGUGUGAGCAGACACUAGUUGGCAGCCUGUCCCUGGGGUGUGCUGAGUGGAAGGGCUGCACCAUGCCUGUCAGGAAGCAAGAUACUCAGCGUGCAUUGAACCUUUUAGAAGAAUAUCGCUUAAAACUGAACCAAACAGAGGAUAAGCAACUAAGGAAAUCCAUUGAGCGGGUCAUUGGAAUCUUUCAGAGUAAUCUUUUCCAAGCUUUAAUAGACAUACAAGAAUUUUAUGAAGUGACCUUACUGGACAAUCCCAAAUGUAUUGACAAUUCAAAGCAGCCAGAACCAGCACAGCCUGUGAAUACAUGGGAAUUUUCUAGUCUUCCUAGCACAGAUGUAACAGUCUCAGAAACCCUCAUGAACACAGUUAGUCAAAACAUCCAGAAAUAUAGAUACCAAGAUGAAGAUCUCCCCUCACAAGAGCCCAGCUCACCUCACAUCUUAAGUGAAGGAAGAAGCCCAGAAUUAGUUCAGGUCUCUGAAAAGAACAUUUCCCAGAUUGAGAAUAUCCAUGGAUUUGUGUCACAUUCACACAUUUCUCCUGUAAAGCCUACAGAAGCUGGCUCUCCCUGUUCUCCCAUUGUCCCUGUGAUCCCUCUCAUACCAGUCCCUGCCGAGAGCAAUGUCAUUUCAUCCUCCACUCCACAGGCAAAUCCACCACCAGUGAUUGUGAACACAGAUAACCUGGAGACACCACCUUAUGUAAAUGGAACAGACGUGGAUUAUGAAUAUGAGGAAAUUACGCUUGAAAGGGGUACUUCAGGACUGGGUUUUAGCAUUGCAGGUGGUACAGACAACCCACAUAUUGGUGAUGACACAAGCAUUUUCAUUACAAAAAUAAUUUCAGGAGGAGCCGCAGCUCAGGAUGGAAGGUUACGGGUUAAUGAUUGCAUAUUACGGGUGAAUGACGUAGACGUGCACGAUGUGACACAUAGUAAAGCUGUUGAGGCAUUAAAAGAGGCAGGAUCUAUUGUCAGACUAUAUGUCAGAAGGAGAAAGCCAGUAACUGAGAAAAUUAUGGAAAUAAAGCUUGUGAAGGGUCCUAAAGGUCUUGGUUUUAGUAUUGCUGGUGGUGUGGGGAAUCAGCAUAUUCCUGGAGACAAUAGUAUUUAUGUUACUAAAAUCAUAGAGGGUGGGGCAGCUCACAAAGAUGGUAAACUGCAAAUUGGAGACAAGCUUCUAGCAGUGAACACUGUAUGUUUGGAAGAAGUCAGCCACGAAGAAGCUGUGACCGCUUUGAAAAAUACAUCUGAUUUUGUUUAUCUUAAAGUAGCGAAACCUACCACUAUGUUUAUGAAUGACAAUUAUGCACCUCCAGAUAUCACGCAUUCAUAUUCUCAACAAUUGGAAAACCAUAUCAGCCCUGGAUAUACUACCCACCAGUUGCCCCCUUCUCCUGGACGAUAUUCUCCUGUCCCUAAAGGAAUGCUGGGUGAUGAUGAUUUGACACGAGAACCAAGAAAAAUUAUAUUAUAUCGAGGUUCAACUGGGUUAGGCUUCAACAUUGUAGGAGGUGAAGAUGGGGAAGGAAUUUUCAUCUCUUUCAUCCUUGCAGGGGGACCUGCUGAUUUGAGUGGAGAGCUCCGAAAAGGAGACCGCAUUAUGUCGGUCAAUGGUGUUGAUCUCCUAGCAGCCACUCAUGAACAAGCAGCAACAGCCUUGAAGAAUGCUGGCCAAACCGUAACCAUCGUUGCACAAUACCGUCCAGAAGAAUAUAGUAGAUUUGAAGCAAAAAUACACGAUUUAAGGGAACAGAUGAUGAACAGUAGUAUCAGCUCAGGAUCUGGAUCUCUUCGAACAAGCCAGAAAAGAUCAUUAUAUGUCAGGGCUCUCUUCGAUUAUGACAAGACUAAAGAUAGUGGCCUUCCCAGUCAAGGGCUUAACUUUAAGUUUGGUGAUAUUCUACAUGUUGUUAAUGCUUCUGAUGAUGAAUGGUGGCAAGCACGACAAGUUACGCCUGAUGGAGAAAGUGAAGAAAUUGGUGUAAUUCCAAGCAAACGCAGAGUUGAAAAGAAGGAACGGGCAAGAUUAAAGACUGUAAAAUUUAAUUCAAAAACAAGAGGAGAUAAAGUGCAGUCAUUCAAUGACAAGCGUAAAAAGAACCUCUUUUCCCGAAAAUUCCCAUUCUACAAGAACAAGGACCAGAGUGAAAUGGAAACCAGUGAUAUUGACCAACAUGUAACUUCUAAUGCCAGCGAUAGUGAAAGUAGUUACCUAAUCUUGAUUACGGAUGAGUAUGGAUGUUCUCAAGGAGGACAAGAAGAGUAUGUUUUAUCUUAUGAACCAGUUAAUCAACAAGAAGUAAACUACUCCAGGCCGGUAAUUAUUUUAGGGCCCAUGAAAGACCGGAUAAAUGAUGACCUGAUCUCAGAAUUUCCAGAAAAGUUUGGCUCUUGUGUUCCACAUACUACACGACCAAAAAGAGACUAUGAAGUAGACAGGAGAGAUUAUCACUUUGUGACUUCUCGUGAGCAAAUGGAAAAAGAUAUUCAAGAUCACAAGUUUAUUGAAGCUGGCCAGUACAAUAACCAUCUCUAUGGAACUAGUGUACAGUCCGUACGGGAGGUGGCUGAGAGGGGGAAACAUUGCAUUCUUGAUGUCUCUGGCAAUGCAAUCAAAAGACUACAGAUAGCCCAGCUCUACCCAAUCGCCAUCUUCAUCAAGCCUAAGUCAGUGGAAAAUAUAAUGGAAAUGAAUAAACGGCUAACUGAGGAACAAGCCCGCAAAACAUUUGAGAGAGCCAUGAAACUAGAACAAGAAUUCACCGAACAUUUUACAGCAAUUGUACAAGGAGACACAUUAGAAGAAAUCUACAAUCAAGUCAAACAGAUUAUAGAAGAACAGUCCAGCACAUACAUCUGGGUUCAGGCAAAAGAGAAGUUAUGAAACAUGAAUCUAGCUCCAUAUAGAAUCCCCACCACUGCCCAUUGCAUAUGAUAUCCUCUCCCAUAGGAGCAGGCCUUUUUUAAGGAUCUGCACGCUCCACUUAUUUGCUGCCGUUCCUUCCACCUUUUACAUUGUCACUUUUUUACCUAGAUAAUUUUUAACAAUGUCAUGUUUUGAGUUAAUAUUAUUAUUUGUAAAGAAGGUGGAAUGGCCGGACCUGUUAUUAAAAGGUUUAGGGAAAUAAGUGGUUAAAAAUUCCUUAAUGUUUAAGGGAAAGUGACAUGUUUUCAACAAAAAAAGCUUUAUAGACAAUUUAAAAUAAAAAUAAAACAAGUGGUCUUAACUUACAAUAUUGUGAGCAAUUUUGCACAAUUCGCUUUUAAUAGCAUGGUUUGGCCUAUGCAUUUCGUUCUCAGCAAACGGUUAUUACACAAAAUGGUUCUCUUUAGGCAGUUAAUCUCUUUACUUUCCAAAUUCCAUUUUAAAAUAAAUUCCUGGGUGUGGAUUUAAUGUGUGCCAUCCCUUGGCACGGCAAACUGCUUUUCCAGGAACACAAGGGUUAUUUUUGUUUUUCUUCAUUGAAGGUUAUAUUUUUAUUACUUUGUUUUUAAAUCAAACAGUCCUGUUAGGAAUAAUGUUUUAACGUUGAUAGUCAUUUUCAUAUAACACUAUUUACAGUGUCUGACAAUGUUUUUGAUACUGAUUUUACUUUCUGAAACAAGAGAAAAACUUCAGGUAAUUAACACAGCCUCGUUAAGGUCCAGCGAUGUAUAUAGCACUACAAGGAGACAUGAUGUCUCCAUCGCAUUUGCAGAUUGGAUUCUUAGACUGUAAGUGUAUACUUAGAAGACAGAUUUUAAGAUUUUACCCACAGUAACUGCCUAUUUUGUUAUAAUAAAAUAUAUAUAUUAAACUUUCUUUAAUCUCUAACUAUGGGAGUACUUUUCUUUACAUAUUGAUAUUGCACACGCGCAUAUAUAAAUAUAAAAUUCUAUAUAUUUUUUGUUCUUCUACCACCUCCAAUAUUUUUUCCUUUUUUUGUUUUUUUGGAAGAGAUAUUGAUGUACAUUGCAUCUUCCUUCCAUAUGAAAUAUGAACAAGACACCAGUGGCUGCGUUAAUUGAUGUUGGGUCAAAGAAAGAUUAGCUGCUUAAUUAAGUCUAGGCGUGUUCUCCUCUCUUCUGAAGAGUCCUUGGUGUUUUCUUUUUAUGUACUGUGCAUGUUUACCCUGCGUGAGAUUUCAACUAAUAUGGUCUUGAGUUACAAUGUACAUUUUCACUUCAAGCUGCAUGUAUCAUAUCCAUAGCAACCCUUAUUUGGGUACACACUAUUGUCCAAUAUUACCCCAACUCUUUGGGUGGCAGAGUUGUGUGCGGCGCCUUUUUCCAUUCAAAGAGUUAUGUGGGGGUCUCAAAACUAAGACAUUGUUUGGUUCUGUCCCAUUGCUUGUUUUUUGGAAUUGUUUAUACAAAAAAAUAUAUAUAUGCUACUCAUUAAAAUUCUCUACCAAAUAAGCAUUAGUUUGUAAUGAACAAAGCAGCAUUAUUCAUUCCAUUGUCAGAAAGAGGAGAACAGCUAAUAAACUUUUAUUGAACAAUA